GGAGGAGUCUUCUGCUGCUCGUAUUUUGAAGAAAGGAAAGGUGAAGGGUGGUUCUAAGAAGUCAAGUUGGAUAUGGAACUUGAUGGAAGAAACUGAAAUUGUAAAAGAUGGAAAAAAGUUUAAAGGAGCUAUUUGUCAAGUCAAUGUCUCUGAAGUUUCUAAUAUUAUUGUUCAUUGUAAUAUUGUAAUAUGUGGUGGUGAAUUUACAUCUAAUUAA